CGGCGGGGCUGUGGGAAGGGGACGGUGGCUGUGGCGGGGGGAACGCGGCUGAGGGGCGAGCGGCGCCUUGCCCCGGGUGGCAUCGCCGUAUAGCCCGCCCUGCGCCUCUCCCUCCUCCCCAGCCGGGGCUGGCUAGGCUGCGCGGAGCGGCAGGGGCCCGCUCCCUCAUGGAGGACGAAGACUGCCCCGACCUGGUCCCGAUAGACGCCGGCAGCGCGGAGGAGACCGAGUCCGGCCCCAGCGAGAAGAUCCCCGUGACGAUCAUCACGGGAUACUUGGGAGCUGGGAAAACAACUCUUUUAAAUUACAUACUGACAGAACAGCAUGAUAAAAGAAUAGCAGUUAUUCUGAAUGAGUUUGGAGAAGGAAGUGCCUUGGAGAAAUCCCUGGCAAUCAGUCAAGGGGGAGAACUCUAUGAAGAAUGGCUGGAGCUCAGAAAUGGCUGCCUGUGCUGUUCAGUAAAGGACAAUGGUGUGAAGGCUAUUGAGAACCUGAUGCAGAAGAGAGGAAAAUUUGACUACAUAUUGUUAGAAACAACUGGUUUGGCAGAUCCAGGAGCUGUGGCCUCCAUGUUCUGGGUUGAUUCUGAGCUGGGAAGUGACAUCUAUCUUGAUGGUAUUGUAUCUGUUGUUGAUGCAAAGCAUGGCUUGCAGCACUUGACAGAAGAAAAACCAGAAGGCCUUGUCAAUGAAGCAUCUCGGCAGGUUGCAUUGGCUGAUCUUAUAAUCAUCAAUAAAACAGAUUUGGUUUCAGGGGAAGAAUUGAAUAAAGUCAGAACAUCUGUCAGGUCAAUAAAUGGACUUGUUAAAAUUCUAGAGACACAAAGAUCAAGAGUUGAUCUCUCUAAUGUAUUGGACCUGCAUGCUUUUGACAGUUUAUCUGGAACAAGUUUGCAGAAGAAGCUUGAGCAUGUAAAGACAACACAUGAACAUCUAGAUAAGGGUAUAAUUACAGUAACAUUUGAAGUUCCAGGAAAUAUAAAAGAAGAAAACUUGAAUCUCUUCAUUCAGACUCUUCUGUGGGAGAAGAAUGUGAAAGAUAAAACUGGGCGUACCGCGGACAUCAUAAGACUGAAGCAACAAAAUGAGAAUAUCCUUGUCUUCCCCUGUCUGACAAAUAGAAGAAAAUAGUCACUGAUACGUCGUAAGCUGUCUGAAAACAGUGCUGCUAUGUACAAGUGCAUCUUUGUUGUAUUGAGCAUUGGAAUCAAAGUAAUUCUUUAGGAGAUCUGAGGUUUGCUAUAAGCUGUGAGCUGGCCCUCAGUCACAGACAAAUACACCAAAGCAAAUGAACCCCAGGUAAUUAUAGAAUGGAUUCCAAAGUUUGUUGCUUUUAUAUUUAUUUUAUAUAUCCUACCUGCAGUCAUAAUACUUUUGGUAGUAAUAGUCAGAGAAUUCCAGCUAACAUGUCAAAUGCAGACCUUUUUUCAUUAAAUAUUUGUAAGGGUUUUUCUUAAACACUUUUUUUUUCCCCUUUAGGGAAGUAUAAGACAACUUUUUACAGAAUGUGUUGCACUAGAAUAUUUUAUAAAGUUUUACACAAAGUAAUAAAAACAUUUUUAAUACGACUUUUGGUAUGUGGUUUAAUGGGCUUACUUUAACAGUGAUCACUUUUAAUUCUCUUGCUAGUCAUUUUACUUCAGAAAUGUUUGUUUGUUCUCCAGUAUUCACAGAUUCUGUUUCAGAACAGUGAAUAUACUGAGCAUGAGUGCCUAAUCAGAAUAGUCUGAAAUAAAACUUUUUUCCUCAUUUUACAUUAUCUUUGCUGGCAAUUGAUCUUUCGUGGACUCAUACGUCAUGAACCAUAUAUAUAUAUAUGUUCAAAGUGACAUAAUAGCUGAUGACAUUUUAUUUUUGCUCGAACAUGCUAGAUACUGACCAAAUGAAAAACAGCAAGCAGAGUACGGCAAAGUGUAAUUGCUAGUCUUUAACAGAAUAAAGAUAGGUGAGAAUGGAUGUUAUGAAUAAAGUGGUAAUACUGCAUGGUUGUUUUGACUAGUUGGUCCAUAGUUGCCAGAAACAUUUUUCCCUGUUUGGCCUAGUUUCGAAGGUUUUUUUCCUCUUUUUACAUACUUAAUUUUUAAAGGUUUGUUUAUAUAUC